GCACCAAAGAAGAGGGCAGCUGCAGAAGGGGAGUCCGAGGUCAUCCAGUUAGAUGAUAACGUUCGGGUUGAAGCCAAUGCCUAUCAGGGCAAGAUUGGUGUUGACAUUCGUCGAUUCUGGACAGAGAAGGCAUCUGGAGAACUACGCCCUGGGAAGGGCCUGCGGAUGUCCCAGUCUGAGUGGGAAGCCAUUUGUGCGGGCAAGGAGCGCAUUGACGAAAUGCUGAAGGAGGGCGAAGAGAAUUCCUGGUUUGCUGAAGGGGACGUGACGGUCAGCAUUACUGGGGGAAGUGUAGAUCUUCGACGCUUUUACACAGACAAGAGCGAUGGAGAGAAGAAGCCAGGCAAGCAGGGGAUCCGCCUUUCAGCGAUACUGUGGGGCGUGCUCAAGGCAGAAAUGGCAAACAUUACAAAGAUGUUAGGCCAAGUCAGCACAGAAGGAAACGUGACGAAGAAGCCGAAGCAGAACAAGAACGCUUCCACGAGGAUGCCCAUGUUCUACCAGAAUGAGCAUGCAUGAGCUACUGCGGACUGCAGUGGAGGAUUAGUUUGUUGAUGGUUUCGUGUUUGGAUGCUGACUUCGAACGUAAUUUAGACCUGAGUACCUGACUCCGAUCAGGUUGAUUGCCCUUCCGUUUGCUUGCCUUUACUACUUUACUUUACUUUACACUGAAAUGCACCGGCUUGUCUUGUUCCGGCCAGGCUGCAACGCACUGCAGUUUGUUUAAUGUGUUCUAAAUUAAUGGGGAUGCUAAGUUUUUCUUCCAAGUUUGGACACACACGAUCACACACGCACAUGCCACAAAGUGCACACUCAGACUCAAAUGUUAUUAUCAACACUUGAUUGUCAAUAUUGUGAGACCGAGUUUUCGAGUUCAUGAUAGCAUUUUCGUGAGGGAUGAAGCUUCUCCCGUUGA